UGUAUAAUUUGUGUUAUACAAUAGCAAAUCUAAACAAUAUCACCUGUAUAAUUUGUAGGAUUAUCCCGGCACCAUAUGUGUAACCAGACACUACAUUGUCAGGAAUCUCUCACGUGUCUGGAUCAACAAUGUCAGUGUACAGACGGGGAAUAUUUUAACUCCUCUCACUGCAGAAUCAGGAAAUCAAAAGGAGACGAAUGCAUGGAGACUGGUGAAUGCAAGAGUAGUCUCUCCUGUUUAACUGGAUCAUGUGAUUGCAUGACGUCAGAGUUCUUUCACUCUGUUACAAGCUCCUGCACUGCAAGGUUACCCAAGGCCAGCCCGUGUACAGCCACCAGCCAAUGUCAGGAGACCCUCACCUGUAUGGCUGGAACAUGUACCUGUACAGACAACCUGUUCUACAACACCACGGCAAAUCGGUGCCAGGAAAAGCUCCAGAUGACAGAGAGAUGUACCUCUAGUGACCAGUGUAAAGAAAACCUGACCUGUAUGGAGGGAAUGUGUCGCUGUAUGACAACACAGUUUUACAACACGUCCACAGAGCUGUGUCAGGCCAAGCAGCGUAGAGACGACUGGUGUACAGUCACAGACCAAUGCCAGAUAAGUCUGACUUGUGUCCGUGACCUUUGUGUGUGUUUAAACACUGAGUUUUUUGACAACCUCACUAGCUCGUGCAUUGAACGGAGUCUUAAAGAAGAGAACUGUACUUCUAGCGACGAAUGCCAAGCCACCCUGACCUGCAUCGGUGGUAAAUGUGGCUGCACAAAGUUCGAAUCUUAUAACAGCACAUCCUCUCUGUGCAGUGCAAAAUAG